AUGGAGAGGUUCUGGUCUAUUGAAGAAGCGCCAUUGACAGUGAACUUCAACGCAGAAGAACCGGCAAUUAAUCUUCGCCGUAACGAAGAGGGACGAUUUGAAGUGAAGUUACCCCUGUGCCAGAAUCCAUCCAUACUUGGCCAUUCAAGGGAUUUAGCAAUUAGGCGCUUCCUUGCUCUUGAAAGGAAGCUUCAAAAACAACCAGACCUCAAAAAGCAGUACGCAGAAUUCAUCAGACAAUACGCUUCUCUGGGUCACAUGGAGGAAGUCAAGUCUCUAAUUCCAGAGGUUAACUUUUUUCUUCCCCAACAUUAUGUCCUCAACCCAUCUAGCAGCAGUACCAAACUCAGAGUUGUGUUCGAUGCUUCACCAAAGACAUCGAAUAGCAUUUCACUCAACGACAUCAUGCUCAAGGGUCCUACAACACAAGAUGACCUAUUUUCAAUCCUUCUACGAUUCAGAAAACAUAGUUUUGCCUUCUCAGGAAAUAUUGAGAAGAUGUACCGCCAGGUAAAUGUCAGCACAGAGGACAAUUAUCAACAACUCAUUGUUUGGAGGGACAACUCUAAUGAAUACCUGAGGUACUAUCGCUUGAAGACAGUUACUUAUGGUACAACGGCCGCACCUUAUCCAGUAACACGAUGUUUGGUAGAAUUGGCAAAAACAUCACAUCCACUUGCAUCGAGCGCAAUCAAGGAUUUCUACGUGGAUGACGUCAUGACAGGAAGUAACAGCCUCAAGGAAGAUGUAAAAAUUCAGGAUGAGUUAAAGACAUUGUUGCAGUCAGCCGGGUUCAACCUCCUUAAGUGGUGCGCAAACCAUGAACGGCUGCUUUCAUCAAUACCGAGCAAAGACAGAGAAGUGGAGCUUUCUGUCGACGACUCAAAGGAUGAAGGCGUGAAAACGUUAGGAUUAACCUGGAACCCCAAGUUAGAUCAUUUUCGCAUAACCACCGUUUGGGGCGAGCCAGCCAAGGCGCUGGAUAAGUAUGUGAAGAAUGGAAGGGGGCUCCUCACUUCCCGGGCCCAACUGCAAGGAGUUUCGGCCCCGAAUCAGACCUAUAAUCGCAAUGGCAAACAAAAUUAUCCCGACAGUAAUGGCUUUAACAAAAAGCAGUUGUAUCUACCACAACGUAACGAUAGCUAUAGUAAUGCAAACAACAAUAACGGCAAUAACGAAACAUCGAAUAAAUAA